AGAAGAAGAAGGAGAAAACGCAAAAUCCCCUUAGUUUGGGGCUUUAUUGUGUGGACAUGUGAAGUUGUUUAUGAAAUCUGUCUGUUGAAAUGGGGUCAGAAUGUACAGAAUUUAAUGUUUUUAAGGGCUGAGUGUCUGUGGCUGUUGUGGUUAUUUCUGUGGGGAACCCUGAAAAGUGCCAAACUCUCGGUGCUGUAUAGGUAUGGGGCAUGCCCCCGCCAAGGCGUAACUUGGCGGGAUGGCAUACCUGCCAUCCCAAUCUAACAAAGUUAUUGAGUGAACACAUCUGACUAAAAUGACCAUCAUUUAUUCACAAAAAUACAAGAUUGUUAAACUGAGCUGACAAGUAGACUAUUGGAGUCCCCUGAGAUUCAUCUGUAAACUCCAUUGGUUUAUAUUUUAAAAAGAAUGCUUAAUGCUUAGAAAUUUGGUAUAUGGUGCCUUGGUUCUUCUUGCUGUAAUUGUGUGAUGUUUGCCCAGAGGGAGGAGGAUGGAUUGCCCCCAGUGCCGCAGGGAAUGUGGGCAGAAUGACAAGUUCUGCAGUGAAUGUGGCUACAAACUGUGCUCUGCAAGGACACCUGUCACAGAGCUUUCUGUACCUGGGAAGGAGACAGGGGACUCCACGGAUGUGUCAUCUGCUGACCUCAGUCGUGUUAGGCAGAACAGCACAGACUGGACUGGUCCCAAUUGCCUGGCAUCACCCAGCACUUCUGGAGCAGAACCCAGGCGCAGUUCUGCUGUUGUCCACAGGGUUGUGCCGUUGGACCUGCAGCCGAGAACUAAAUGCACUGCCAUCGUCUCCCAGGAGAUGGAAGGAGGGGUGCAGAAUAAUGCCACCCCCAAAACCUUAAACAGAAACUCUAACCGACAGGAAGGGCAUGAGCACCCAGUCUGUGAGAGCCACACCCACUCUGAUGACAACACCCACUCCCAGAGCAUUGGCCACCCUGACACUGGCUCUUCUGAAGAUGAGGGAGAGGUAUUUGAAGAUGCUGUGGAGUACCUUGAAGAUGAGGCUAAGGAACCUGAAGACUCAAAUGACAGUGUGAGUGUGUCUGAAGAUGAGAUCAUCAGUAAAGGUGAGGAUCUCAUGGAGAGACCCCGGCACAACUGUGUUUUGAAAGCUUGUUUUUUCGGUUGAUAUCUGGAUGGGAGGCUUCCUGGGAAAACGAAUUUUCUGCUGAAAGAAGUGUUGUUAGGCCAGCAGGGGGCACUCUUCCCUCUGGACUAAACAGAAAUCCAGCGUCCCAGCUCAGUGAUGGGGGCACAGUGUGGGAGAAGGGGUCCUGGUCCUGGCCCAAUUCCUACAGAAAACAGACUCCCUACAUCUGACCACCGAAUCAUCCCCUACUGGAUAUCUGAUUGGUUACAUGAUACCAACAAUUUACUUUUGCACACAGUAGAUAACGAAUGAGCUUCCAGUUGCCCUACCUGGUGACAGUCAGGGUCUAGUGCUGUGGCAUGCAGUGCUUUGUGAGCCCACAAUAAACUUAACAAAAGAGUAUGUUUUCUGUGACCCCUUUUUUAAAUGCAGCGUGACAUGAUAAAAUAUGGAAAUAAAACGUUUUUAGCAUGUUAAAUGAACGGUUAUGGCACCUUUUACUGUAUGACCCCAGGAUCAAAUACUUAGCAU